AUGGUCUUGUACAGUGGUGGCCAAGAAUUGGAGCCGCCAGCAUUCCUGCCAGAGCUUCUUAACACGCCUGAAAGAAUCUUGAACAAUGCCACAUUCUUCAAUGGAGUCUUUCAAAAUGUGGAAAGUGUUGCAUUAUUUUUUGGCUGCCUAGGUUCUCACUUCACCUGGUUACAGUCCAUCUUCACUAACUUCCCUGCUCUGCUCAACUUUGUGAACAAAAUGAAGUGUGUUACUGGCUUUUGUCCCAGGGAUUUUGAAGACUAUGGUUGCUCUUGCCGAUUUGAGAUGGAAGGGCUCCCCGUGGAUGAAGCUGAUGAAUGCUGUUUCCAGCACCGCAAGUGCUACGAGGAAGCAAUGGAGAUGGAGUGCACAUGGGACCCAUCAAAGAUUUCUACAGAUGUCAGCUGCUCUACUGAAAACCUGACCUGUGAGUCUGGGAAUCCCUGUGAACUGUUCCUCUGCAACUGCGACAAAGAUGCCAUUGAAUGCUUUGUGAAGGCACAUUUUAACUCUUCCUUGAAUGGGCUGGAUGUCUCCUUCUGCCCAUCUCUGGUUACAGAAACAACCAGCAAGAGAGAGAUGACAACAUUUCACACGGAGGAGUUCCUUCGUCAUGGGACUGAUAAAACACAGGCUGCAACUGCAUCCAUGGAAGAAGUGAUUUCUUUUGAGCCCAGUGAGAUGGUCCUGGGGACUUCCAAAGCCAGAGAGGAUGGAUUUAUGGAAGCUGUGAUCCCAGUGGAAGAGAUAACCACCUCCCCAGCCUCAUUCCCAGGAGAUAUUAACUCAAUGCAAGUCAAAAUUGUCCCCACCGAGAAGAUUCCUGCAGGCACAUCUGCAAGGACAAAAGGAAAAGACACAAGCCCUGCAAGGGGUGGCCAGAGCACAGCUUCCUCUGGAAUAGCUCUGGAACUGGUACUGUCUGACAGGGGACCCAAUGAACCUGCAGGAAAAGUAUGUGAGCGAUUAACCUUUCUGCAAGAGAGAGGAAAUGGCAGAGUGAUGAGGGAGCUGCCCCAGCUAGGAGAAAUGCUGUUCUGUUUAACUGAGCGAUGCCCAGAAGAAUUUGAGUCUUACGGUUGCUACUGUGGCCAAGAAGGAAGAGGCUAUCCUACUGAUGCACUGGACAGGUGCUGCUUCUCUCAUCACUGUUGUAUGGAACAAGUUAAGAAACUUGGAUGUCAUGCAGAAAGAAGUUCAAGAUCUGAAGUUGUAUGUUUUGAUCAUAAGCCAAAAUGUAUUGGUUGGAGCAUGUGUGAGAAACUACUAUGUGCUUGCGAUAAGACAGCAGCUGAGUGCAUGGCUUCUGCAUUCUUCAAUGAAAGCCUGAAGUUUCCACACAGGCAAGAGUGCCAAGAGGAGAAAGUCUCAUGUCAAAGCGAUCCUUAUGAAAGGCCUCCAACUGGCACAGAAAUAGGCACUGGGAUUUCCAGCUCUGAGGAGAGCAGUGAGGAGGAAGGUCCACUGUGGAGCGUAUUAAGAAGAGCAAAGAGAGAGACACACCGUCCCGUUGGAAACUCCAGAACUGUGCAACAUGAAGGCAGAUAA